AUGCUGGGAGCCAGGCCGCCGAGCGGGGCGCGGCCGUCCCUCACGGUGCUCCGUGUCCCUGCCUGUUCCCCGCAGCCCAUCCCGGACACGAGCCCCAUGAAGCGCUCGGUCUCCACGCUGGCCCCGCAGCGCCCUCACGCCAUGCACCUCUACGAGUAUUCCCUGGAGCGGAUGCCUCCGGAGCAGGGCCACCACCACCACCACCACCGCUGCCACCGGCGGAAAGAGAAGAAGCAGAAGUCCGUGGAUAGGGCCGCCCAUCACUUGGCCGAUGGACAAGCUGUAGCCCAGUCUGGAGAGUCUUCUUCCAAGGACAAGAAGCAGGAGCGUGGCCGCUCCCAGGAGAGGAAGCAGCACUCCUCCUCCUCCUCCGAAAAGCAGCGCUUCUACUCCUGCGACCGCUACGGCAGCCGGGACCGUGCCCAGCCCAAAUCUGCUGACCAGAGCAGGCCCACCUCCCCCAACGGGGGCCCAGAGCACGGCCCACACAGACAGGGCAGUGGUUCAGUUAAUGGGAGCCCCUUGCUGUCGACAUCUGGUGCUAGUACCCCCUGCCGGGGUCGGAGGCAGCUCCCACAGACUCCACUGACCCCACGCCCCAGCAUCACUUACAAGACCGCUAACUCCUCGCCCGUGCACUUCACCACUUUCCAAACCCCCACGUUCUCCCCGGGCCGCCUGAGCCGCGGGCUGUCCGAGCACAACGCGCUGCUGCGGGGGGAGCAGCAGCCGCCCCCGCCCGCCGUGGCCCGCAUCGGCUCCGACCCCUACCUGGGCCACCGCGCCGCCGCCAGCCCGCAGCGCGCCGCGCCCGAGGACACGCUCACCUUCGAGGAGGCCGUGGCCACCAACUCGGGCCGCUCCUCAAGGACUUCCUACGUCUCCUCGCUGACCUCGCAGUCGCACCAAAUCCGCCGGGUGCCCAACGGGUACCACUACACGCUGGGGCUCAACACGGGCCCCGGCGCCCGAGGACGCAGUUACUACCACGAAGCCGAUGAGGAUGACUGGUGCUAGCGGCUCGGCGGAACCCUGCGAGACAGAUGGAGGAAGAAGGCUCCCUCCUUCUGGGGAAGGCAGCGGGGGGAGCACAUCCCUCUCUGCCCCCUCCCCACUGCCUUGUCUAGUCCUGAGACACGCACCAGGUGCCAACCCGGCCAUGGAGGCGAGGAGCCGGGAGAAGAGAGAUCCUCACCUUCCACGGUGGAAAAGCAGAACUGUGGGUCCUUCUCAUGAUUGGCACAGUUUUGUUGGGCUAUUUCUUAACUAAUUUUCCAUCAUAAUUCCCCCCUUCUCAGGGUGGGAGCCGGGGGCCGCAAAGGGACUCGCGCAAACAACGCUCGCCCCCCGCGUUUUGUCUCGUUGAGUGCCGAGAAGGAAGAGAUGCACCCGAGAAACUGGGAGAGGAGAAACACAGCCCAGAACAAAGGACAGUCCUUUGGGACUUGAUGUUCAGCCACUGCAAUCCUUUAGGGCAGAGCUGGUGCCACCCUGAGGUGACCCUGCUGUGACACCACUGCCCCGGGGGUCUCUAAUGUCACUCACCACAUCGGGUCCUUCACACUGACACACGGUAAAGCCACAAGAGAGCUCCUUUGUAAGGACUGUUUCCUUGCUGCUGAGACUUUUCAAUCCAUCCCUCUCUCCUGUUGACUGCAACACACCCUCACUGUUUUGUCUUGUUUACAAUAUAAGC